UUUCUUCGCGGUGCACAGCGGCAGACGACAGCAGCGCCACCUGCUCGCGCAGCAGCGCCUUCUCGAAGCGGAGCAGCCGGAGGGCGGGCACCUCAGCGGCUGCCGCGCCCCCGCCGAGCAGGAGCGCCGCUCCGAGGGCGCGCUCGUCGUCCUCCAGGCUCGUGGCGUACCCCAGCAGGUGCGCCUCGAUCAGCUCCGCCACCCGCCCGCGCGCCGCCGCCUCCUCGCGGACGGGCGCUUUCAGGAAGCUCCAGUCCCCGAGGCUGGCCGCCUCUGCCGGCAGCUCGCCCUCGGACAACAGGCUGGCACGCACGGCCGCGAACAGGGGGCUGCCCUCGGCCCGGCAGUCCGGCAGCCACCAGGCCUGGAGGCUCUCGUCGCAGCCCGCCUCGGCACACUGCUCGACCAGCCUCCGCCGCCACUCGGGGUCGCUUUCGCGCACCAGCGCGGCCCGCGGCACGACGAGCUCGGCGGUACACACCGCGCUGCAGGCGUCGAAGAAGCCGUAGCGCUCGAAUAGGUCCAGGAAGUCCGCGGACGGGUCAUAGCACUGGGUGAUCUCGUCGCCUGGGUCGAUGGGCUGCACGGCUUCGAAUCGCACCGAAUCCUCCAGGACCCUCGUCCUCACAGUGGGCACGUUGCUGGAAUGGUUCGCGAUGUCCCAGCCCGGGCAGAGAGCCAGCCCCCGCUUGCCGCACGUGGUCAGCGCCCUCGUGCUGCAGAUCAGCUUCGCCCGCAAGUACUGCGAGGGCGCCACGGCGAGGCCGUGGUCCACCAGGUGCAGCGCUCUCCUGCUCCGCCUCAGCGAGCAGACCACGCGCCCGCCGCCACGGCACGCUGUGGGCAAGCCGCCGUGCGACGUCCCCGUCGCUAGGCCAGCAGGCCAUCAUGGUAGCGUCGAAAUACCCAGGCGGACACACGCGCUCGAAGUUCGGGUCACUGGCAACCAACCCAUGGCACGCAGCGGAGUGACGCCCCCCGCCCCCUAGCCGUGGCCAACCGUGCGCACCGAGCCCAACACCCCCCACGAAACCUCCACAGCUGCGCAAGACCUCCCGCCCCGCAGGCAACGACUGCUGACAAUACCCUCCAAGAUGAUCGUAUCGUGUUGUAUAUCGAGCGCUCACGCGUCACAAUCGUUCGGGCGGUUCUCGAAGGGUCGCCAUACAGAGAGUGAUGCGCUGGCACGCGGCCGAGCUUCCUGCGGGCCACCUCGAACCACGCGAGCGCCAUCUAACGCGAGCGCCCUCUAAAACAUCAGCAGACAAUUCAGGGGCAAGUGAACGCAAUCUGUUCGUCCAUGGGCUUGCUGUCCGGCUGCCAGUGGCCCGAGAAGUAAAUGGAGCGCGGGUCCUCUGGCCUCUCUCUCAGCAGUACUAAGAGCGCGACCAGCAUCCUCCCGAACAAGUCGUCCGCCGGAAUCCUGUCGGACAUGUGGUGGCCUGAGAGAUCGCUGGAAGUCACGCACAUGUCAAACGGUAUUUCGAGCACGACGGUCCCAACUGCUGCCUUCGCCGUGGCGCGUAGCGCCACGUUGCCCUCCGCCACCUGGAACGCUUCGACUAUGCCCUUGCCCAGCAGCGCGGCCGACGCUUCCUGCAGGCGGAGCGAGCUAUUGACGCCCCCACUGUCCAGCGGCGCUGACGAGCUACAUACUGACAUCACAAAAUCCCUGGAUAAACGAACGCCACGAAACAGGCUGAUCGGGAAAACAAGCGCCGUCGAACACCGCGGGUCUAAACUGAGCCAAAUAGCC